GAAUCAUACAAAUUAUUGAUGAAGAAACGCCCAUGUCAGCUUUCACCAUGGAAGUUUCCUAUCUUUUCCGUUUCUGGUUUAUCGUUACGAUUUCUAUGUGAUUUGAUGAUAAUGGUGAGCCCAAUGGUCGAUUAGGAAUAAAUCACGGUUCCUGGUGUGGAUUUGAUUGUGGAGGGAAGAAAGAAAUAUGGUUUAAUGUUUACAAUAUUUUAAUUCGUUGCGAAUUCAAAAUGUUUAACGUCACCGAAAUCCUUCGAUUUUCCCUCCCUUUUUCGCGCUUGCUUCAAAGGCCCGGAUAUCUAGGGUUUCAACUCUGUAUCGAGCUUCCACUUCUUUCGGCUUUCUACUAGACUACCCCCUCUGUUAUAGCACUGGUCAAAAAUUCAUCUCAGAUUCCACUUCCAUUUGAUUUUGUUGCUUAAAGAUGAACGAAAGCCGAUUGAAGCUCCUCGCACUUCCAAACCAACAAGACCCUUAUGCAUUGAUGCUCUCAGAUUCCAUCGAGCGGUUUUUCGAUGAAUAUCGAAAAGGGGUUACUGAUUUCUCGGGCUUCAUUCCGAUUUUCUCUCGUUUACUUAGGAAUUUGCCCGACCCGCCGGUGGCAAUCGUAUGGUGUUACUCUGCUCUGAUGUUUCACACGGCUAAGUUCGCAGCCCGAGAUUCCUCGGAAAAGUUGAUGGCUGUUAAGGAUUUAUUCCAAAUGCUCGUUUCUUGCACGGCGUCGUCCUCUGCGUCGAAAAGAAUCGCGGUGCUGGCCCCUGUAAUUUACACUCUGUUUGAUUUGGUCGUUGAGAAGAAGAAGUUGAAGGAGGAGGCUGAGAAUUUGAUUGACGGGAUUGUUAGUUAUAUCAGCAUUUGUUGUGGUCGAGAGUCCGAGGAAGACGAUUGUGUUCUGGGGUUUGGUCCUUAUUUUCUGGAUUUGGCCCGAGUCUGGAUGGUAGACAAACCUCGAGAAGACUUGAAGGGUUUCCUCCCGCUUGUUAGCCAUGAAAUCUGCGAAAGCAUUAGUAUCGAUGGUGGGGUGGGCUAUUUUGCUGGGAUCGUUAUGUACCAAGCUUUUUUGUUGAGGCUGUGCAUGAAAUUUUCCUCUCGGAUGUCAAUGGUAGAGCUGCAAAAUGAACUGCACAGCCGGGCAGUCCAAAUGAUAGCUGGGUUUCGUAGCUGUCACUUCUAUGAUAUUUUCCUCAGGAUGCUGUUGCAGUCAGUUUUGCCAACUACCUAUUUAUUGGGUUCUGCAGACGAAGUUCGUUUACGAGAAGUAUUAUAUGAUGCUGCAAUAAUAACCGAGCACCCAUUCCUUAAACUUCAAUUUGGAACUGAACUACCUGCUACCCAUUUAAGAACUAUUUGUUUGAAUUGGUUAUUUGUUGCUGAUAAUGGUAUCCGGUCUUUUAGAGAAACUGGUAAUACGAGCAAGGCUAUGUCCUACAUAAAUGCCUUCCACAAUUCUUGUUGGCCCUCUCAGUUGAUCAACUGGGCCAGAAACCAGCCAGGCUUCAGCGAGAGGAUGAGUCAACCAAACUCCUCCACACCCACGGCUCUUAUUGAAUGGCUUCUGGUAUUGGAAGAUCAAGGGGUCAGGGUAUUCGACCAUUUGAUUUCCAAGUCUCGAGCUAGAGAAAUCAUUUGCAAGUCAGGAGCUGCAUUUUUACACCCAGCAAGAAAUCCAGAUGGGAAGAACCUAGAAGUUAAUUUCUUUAAUAAUGUCACCAAUGUGAUGGAUGAAGAUGCCUCUGUUGGUGACUUUGAAAUGGCUGAUUCAGUGGCUACAGCAACAGUACAGGGAACAUCCAUCGCUUUCAACUCAAAUGGUGUUGAAAGUGGAAGAAAAAGGAAAGAAUGCAUAAACGACAGAGGGGAUAUAAGGGUAAAGUUCCUUAGGCACCAUCUCCAUGACAAAUCAUUCAGUGACAACUUCUUGCCAAUGGUGUAAGCUAUGAAUCCCAUUGCUUCAGUAAUUCCUACUAUGAAGUUAAUAUAAAUCUUCAUAUAUAUAUAGACAUUGUAACACAAAUCUAUGAUAACUAUGGAGGAAUUUUGUGCCUGCUCUGCAGCCAGCCUCUCGGCUUUUAACCUUUUUUCCUUUUUUGGUAGCUAAGCGACACGGUCUCGAGAUUAGAAGCUCCGAAUUGACUGUGUAAAACUGUAAACUUUUCCAUAUGGAUAUUCAAGGCAAGGCCAGUAGAUUGUAAACGUUGAAAGAUCUGCCAAUUCUGAA